GUUGGCUAUUCCCAUUGCUCUUCAAGUUGCCAUUCCAUGACCGAGCGGCGGCGCAGUCUCUUGCGGAAUGACGCGCUUGACGAUGACGAGCUCGAACAGAUUCGCCGAUACGAGGAUUUUCGGACAAUAGACUGGAUACAGGACUCGCGUCUUGAACGCAACCGAAGAAUACGAGAAACGCGAAAUUUAUAUGCACCUCGCCGCGGUCCUCGAGGCGAAGUGACCGUGUCGUGGCUUUGGACCCAAACACGUCGGCUGCUCAAUGCGGGCCAGUCGUGGUUUGUCGUUUCGCUCGUUGGCGUAUGCAUCGGGCUCAACGCAGCGAUAAUCUCCAUUGUCACCGAAUGGCUGUCGGACAUAAAGAUGGGGUACUGCCACGACGGGUGGUGGCUGAACCAGCAGUUUUGCUGCUGGGAAAUUGACGACGAAAACAUAGACGGGUGCAACUCAUGGCAUCCCUGGAGCACGGUUGGCAUUGCGCGGUGGACUAUUUAUGUCCUGUUUGCGGCGAUGUUCUCAUUCGUCGCGGCCCACUUGGUGCGCUCACUCGCCAAAUACGCGGCUGGCUCCGGCAUUUCGGAAAUCAAAUGCAUAUUGGCUGGAUUCGUUAUGCAGGGGUUUUUGGGUUUUAUGACGUUCUUCGUAAAGAGCAUAGCUCUGCCACUUGUAAUCGCAUCCGGGUUGUCCGUGGGCAAGGAGGGACCUUCGGUGCAUGUUGCCUGUUGCAUUGGCUCUUUGGUUGCUGGAAUGUUUGUGAAAUUCAGGCGGAGUCAAGGCAAAAUGCGUGAAGUCAUUACCGCCGCCAGCGCGGCUGGAGUUGCCGUUGCCUUCGGUUCGCCCAUAGGAGGGGUACUCUUCUCGAUAGAGGAAAUGAGCUCGACCUUUAGCAUCAAGACGAUGUGGCGAAGCUUUUUUUGUGCACUUAUGGCGACCUUCACGCUUUCCGCCAUGAAUCCGUUCAGAACUGGAAAACUUGUAUUGUUCCAAGUUACAUAUGACCGCGACUGGCAUUUCUUUGAGAUCAUGUUCUUCAUUGUACUGGGGAUUUUUGGUGGUCUUUAUGGUGCAUUUGUCGUCAAGUUUAACCUCCAGGUUGCGGCUUUUCGACGGAAGCACCUUGUUAAUCAUGGUGUGGCCGAAGCUGUUUUGCUGGCGUCAUUGACCGCCAUGAUUGGUUAUUCCAACCAAUUUCUCCGCAUGGAUAUGACGGAAAUGAUGUCCAUUCUAUUCCAUGAGUGCACUAAUGGGGGCAAUGUCAAUAAUGUUUGCCAAACUUCGUCUCAGUGGCGCAUAGCCAACUCCCUACUGCUGGCCACUUUUAUCCGAAUUGGACUCGUUGUCGUGUCUUAUGGCUGCAAGGUCCCCGCUGGAAUAUUCGUACCUUCAAUGGCUAUUGGCGCAACUUUUGGUCGGAUGAUCGGAAUCAUGGUCAAGGCGAUGUACCAAGCGUACCCGACAUCUGGUAUAUUUGCGGUGUGUGUGCCGGAUGUACCCUGCAUCACUCCGGGUACCUAUGCGUUUCUUGGGGCUGCUGCAUCACUGAGUGGUGUGAUGCGGAUAACGGUGACUGUUGUGGUCAUUAUGUUUGAGCUUACAGGUGCUCUGACAUACAUCCUUCCAACGAUGAUCGUGCUUCUGGUUACCAAAGCUGUCGGUGAUUUCCUGGGUACGAAUGGAAUCGCGGACGAAAUGAUCCGAUUCAAUGGCUUCCCGUUCCUCGAGAAGGAGGACCACGCUUACAACGUGUCUGUGUCGGCCGUAAUGAGGAAGGAUCUGUACACGCUUAACGAAUCAGGCAUGAGAGUCAAGGACGUGGAGGCUGCCCUUGCUGCAACUAAUUUCAAAGGCUUCCCUCUCGUAGCGGAGGAUGGCUCACGAAUGUUGGGAGGAUAUAUUGGUCGAACUGAACUGCAAUAUGUGCUAGAACGAACGCGGAAGACACAAGAUAUUGAGCCUGACACAUUGUGUUCUUUCAAGCCGGAAGCUACGGAAGAAGAUGGAGAAGAUUUCGAUCUCGGUGGCGGUCUUGCCGCCGGCAUUGAAGAAGAUUUCGCGCACGAACUGCUAGAGAACACGACGCUGGGACAACAAAUCAAAUUCUGGCCAUGGGUUAAUCAGGCUGGUACUCCAUUGACAGUGUCGCCCCAGCUUCCACUAGAAAUUGUCAUGCAGCUAUUCAAACGGAUGGGGCCACGCGUUAUUCUCGUCGAAGACCAUGGCGUGCUCGCUGGCCUUGUGACUGUUAAGGACGUUUUACGGUGGAUUGCCAUUGAAAAACCAGAGCGAGAACCAUCCUGGGACGAGCGGGGCGGUCUUGACGGCAUGUUAGAAGAGAUAUGGUCGUGGGCAUCCGGGAUCGUCCAGCCCGUUAUGUCAUGGAGUGCGAACCUGCUUCACCGAAGAUGA